CCUUGAGCCGGGACAUUUGCUCCUCUGGUGUCAUGACUAUCACCAACUUCUCUAUCGAGUAUGACGCCAUCAACAGCAAAAAUAUCUUCACAAAUGGAGACACCAUCAACGGGAGGAUCAUUGUGGAGGCUUCAAAGGAAACUCAAGUCCAGACGUUGACAUUCAUCGCAUCAGGAAAGGCUCGAGUCAUCUGGACGGAACACUACGGGCAGUACAAUACCAGGGUUUACUGGGCCGACGAAAAAUACUACGAAGUCAAGCAUCGUAUUGUGAGUCAGCAUUGGGAAAAUGGAAGUGACUUCAUUGGCAAAGGACGACAUGUUUUCCCUUUUACCUUCCAGAUUCCAGACAGAAAAAUACCGUCGUCAUUCAAAGACGGCGUCGGUAAAAUCGUUCAUAAGGUGCAGGCUGAGCUCAAACAGUCGAUGAAACUGACCAAGAAAGCGAAAGCACAUUUUACAUUUGUGUCCAAAGCUGACCUGGAUAUUCCUGGACUCAUGGAGCCACAAUCUGAGAGUAAAGAUAAAACGAUCACGUUUUUUGGAUCUGGGAUUGUAACCAUGGACGUUCACACCAAUCAGAUGGGGUACAUGCAAGGUGAGGCCAUCAAGGUCACCGUUGCCAUCAACAAUAACUGCAGCCGCUCGGUGAAGCCCAAGUUCGUGUUGUAUGAGAAGAAGAGCUACUUUGCUCAGGGUCACAGGAGAGUUCAUACCAAGGACGUUCUGAAGGAGAAAGUAGAUGCUGUUGCAUCCGGCUGCACGGAGAUGGUGAAGAAAGUGAUCACCGUUCCCUGCGAGCUUCCCUCCUCCAUCACCAACUGCUCCAUACUCACGCUGGAGUACAGGCUGAAGGUCUACCUGAAUAUCAAGUCUGCGAUCGAUCCAAAGCUCAAACUUCCAAUCGUUGUCCUUCCUGCUCUGAAGACGAAGACGGUUCCUGUUCUGGAUGGAUCUCAGCCAGUUGGAAACCCAAAGAAACAACGCCGGAAGUCAAAGCAGACUAAUCAUCCAACUGUAAACCCACAACAGUCAUUUGGAAACUCUCACCAACCGAUUGGAGACGGGAACCAAGCGUUUGCUUAUCCCCAGAACCCGGUGGGGUACUCCAACCAAGCAUGUCUCUAUCCAGUCUCACCAUUUGAGAACCUGAACCAAACCUGUGCGGAUCCAUGUCUGCCAACUGUGAGCCACCAGCCGUAUCAGCCAUAUCUGGAUCCUCCCCCACCAUACAGCGCCUGUGCCUUACCUCCUCCCACCCCAGAACCAGAGCACUACCAGGAUGAAUUGUGAUUUAUUUAUUUAUUUUUUAGGACAUUUCAUAGCUACCCACCAGUAUUUCUCUGGUGGUUCUUUUAGAAAGAAGCCUCAAGUGUCCGUCUCCGGACGUUGGAGAGGGGUCCAGAUUUACCCUGCUUUCAAGCCACGUUUUAAAGGACCAUACUUGUCGUCUUCUGCUUUUAUUUUGCUUUUGUUUUGUAUCUCGACUUCCUGUCUUCUCCCCCCCCGUUCUCCCGUGAGCUUCUGCUAUUAUGUUCAACCAAGACACGGGUAAAAAGCCCUGUCCUCUGCAGCAGAUUUCCAACUGCAACUAGCUUGGCUGGAUUAUAUUUAGUCGGUUUUCUCUUUGUGUUUACUACAAGAUCCUUGAUAGUUAAAUUGCAUGUCGGUCAGUUCUGCCAUUCACUUUUCUCUCCUUGUUUCCCCCUGUUUACACAGCCAGGUGCGCGUGUUCUGCCACCAGCUUAGCUUUGUUCUUUUUUCUUCCCUUCCCCUCGUGUGAGUUUUUGACCGCCACCUUACUUUCCGUUGUGUAUAACUCAUGCUCGAUGGCCGUUUGACCAUCACGUUCUAAUUUACUCUCUGUUGUCUGCCUGAUUCAUUGGAUGGUUCUGUCCAUGUUUCUCUCCCGGGUCUGUGAUCACCAUUCUAAAUUUGUGUAUGAAUAAAAGGCUCAUUUUACUUUCCUUGUUGAGUGGGUCUUCGACCAGCAGGGGUAACCAGUUGUCUUCUUCCUCUCAGAAGUGUGUAAACUUCGGUGCGCUCACGACUGAGUGACAAAACUCUUUCAAAUUUGAGUCUUUGCAAAUGCGAUGCUCUGUAAAUACAUAGUUUGUUUCCACACAAACACACACACGGCUUCUCACUCCAACUUACACACACACACAGUUUUCUUUCUUACGCUUUCUUAUCUUUCCACUGCAUGAUGGAGCGACUUCACUGCUCUUUUCUGCCCAGUGCUGUCAGGUUGUACAACAGUAGAACCUGAUAGACUGAAUGUUUUGUACAAAAUAUAUAAUUCAUCAUUAUCAUUGUAUUAUCUAUUUACGUAUCUUUACUUGUAUUUAUUUGGUCAUGAUAUUCGUUUAGAUUAUAUAUAUUAAUUUAUUUAUCUUGCGUUGUUGAUAGCAUUUUUUUUUUCAAUGUUUGUUG